AUGGCCGAGCGCAAGAGCAAAUGGGACCAGCCCACGCGUCGCGAGAAUGCAGACCCAUCGGCUGGCACCGUGCAGGUGAAUAAUGAUGCACAUAAGCCAGCUGCUCGUGCUGCUGCUGCCGCCGCCGCCAAGAUCGCCGCGCAGUUUGGGCGUGGCCAAGGGGCGAAGAACGCACUUGUGCGCCACCCCGAGUUUGACGAGGAUGCCCCGGAUGGUGCAUUCACGCAUGAUAUUGAAAUCAACGAUCACCGCAACCGGUACCUGUUAACAAAGAGCCAAACACAGAGCGACUUGUAUCGCGAGACAAGCGCGCGUGUCUUUACUCGCGGGACUUGGUACCCGGACAGGAGCAAGACGCGUCCCAAUGAGCCGCCAUUGCACCUGCACAUAACCGCAGACUCGCGCGAGAGUUUGGAUCGUGCUAUUGCAAAAGUGAAUUUACUCAUGACGCAGGACCUGCCGCCAUUGCUCGACGACCGACUUCACCGCGGCGACGUGCGGACCAAUUGGCCUGAAAAAAAGAUUCCGAUCAACUUGGAGCCGCUGCGUAACUUUAAUGUGCGAGCGAAAAUUGUCGGGCCCGGCGGCCUGUUUGUGAAGUACAUCCAAAACGAAACGCGCGUGCGCACCCAAAUAAAGGGAAUUGGCUCGGGCUACCUUGAGUCGGAUACAGGACGCGAGCUGGACGAGCCGAUGCAUGUGCAUCUCACCUCCCCAGAAGAGUCGCAAUUGCAGCGUGCAACGGAGCUUGCGACAGAUUUGGUCGACGCCGUGACGGCAGAGUGGCAAAAAGCAUACACUGCUAUGGGCUACAGCAAUCCACCUCCUGCUGCGAACAGCGCACAAGGACCUGCGCCGCCUGCACCGGAGGAGCCUGCGCCGCCGCCACCGCCAGACGCAGAGGUGCCGCCACCGCCAGAAGGAGAAGUGCCGCGUACGUUUGCGAGAAAAGUACUCACAUUAGCACCGCCCCCGACCGAUGUGCCGCCCCCAGCAGAUCCAGAGCCGCCUGUAGAUACAGGGGCGAUGGCUGCACAGGAGGAAGAAGACGAGACUUUGCGUCAGUACUGGAAAGACUACGUGGCAUGGGAAAGGAGUUUCGUGGACUAUCAUGGCCGUCGGCCUACAGCAGAAGAGGGUGCACAGGACGUGCCGCCCGAGUAUCGAGCAUAA